AAGAACCGCUAAACAUUCAGGAAGUCGGAGAAAUCAGGAUCAGGAUCAGUUUGCUUUUUAAGUAGUAGUUGCUGAGGUCAACAAUAUUUUUGGAGAAGGGAGCAGAUAUACGCAGUUUUCCCAGAAGUAUGCUCGCGGCAUUCACCGCGACUACUGAUUUUGAUUGGAAGUUUGGAAGUUUAGCGUUUCUGGACAGCAGAUGAUGGUACCUAUGCGUCGCUGUUGGAUACCGGACUGUUUCUAAAGAGCAUCAUUCACGUCUCUUUAUUGACUGGGCCGUUUGGGUAGAAAAGAGACAGAAUACAGGUCCAUGUAAUUGAGCCUCCAACAAGGCUAAGGGAGGAGGUAUAUAUAACUCUGUCCCUUGACUUGGAAGUGAUGGGUCCGAGGAGGAAGGCCACUAAACUCCAGCCUGUAGGAGGGUGCAGUCGAGGGGAGUUGGCCCUGAGACACAAUGAGCCUAAAGACUAUAUCAACGAGCUUUCCCAUGAAGUCCUCUGCCACAUUUUCAGAUACCUGCCCAUGAAGGACAUCAUGUGUAUGGAGUGUCUUUCCAGAAAGCUCAGAGAGGCUGUCACUUUGUACUUGCGAGUGGUUAAAGUGGUGGAUCUAUGUGCCAGUCGCUGGUGGGAGUACAUGCCUUCAGGUUUCACAGACAGCAGCUUUCUGCUGCUCCUGAGGAAGAUGCCAGAUCUGGAGCAGCUGUAUGGCCUCCACCCUCGAUACCUGGAGAGAAGACGAGUCAGAGGCUAUGAGGCUUUCAGUAUACCUGGAGUACUGGAGGCUCUACAGUCCUGUCCCAAUCUACUGGGUGUGGAAACCUCCCAUUUGGAACUGGUGGAGGCGAUAUGGAACUACAUGCCCCAGGUCCACAUACUGGGAAAGUUCCGCAACCGCAAUGGUGCAUUUCCAAUUCCUGCUGAGAACAAACUGACUAUCCCCAUAACUGCAAAGAUACAGACCCUGCAUCUUGUGGGUGUGAAUGUUCCAGAGAUUCCCUGUGUCUCCAUGCUGCGCCAUCUGUACCUAAAGUGGGUUCGUCUCACCAAACCACAACCAUUUAAAGACUUUUUGUGCGUGAGCCUGAGAACCUUUGUGAUGCGUAACUGUGCUGGGCCCACUAACUCCCUCAAAUAUGUUCCCCUGGUAACGGGUUUGGCAUCAGCCCGUAACCUGGAGCAGCUGGAGCUGGUAAGGGUCCCCUUUCUUGGAGGACUUAUCCAGCAUGUGGUUGAAGACAGUUGGAGAUCAGGAGGGUUUCGGAACCUCCACACCAUUGUCUUUGGAGCUUGUAAGAAUGCCCUAGAAGUGGACCUGGGAUAUCUGAUCAUCACAGCUGCUCGCAGGCUCCACGAGGUGCGUAUUCAGCCUUCACUGACAAAAGAUGGAGUUUUCUCAGCUCUCAAGAUGGCUGAACUGGAGUUCCCACAGUUUGAGACACUUCACUUGGGAUAUGUGGAUGAGUUCCUGCUUCAGUGUAAGAUGAGUCACUCAGAGCUGGUGAAAUAUGGUCUGGCUGAUGUCAUUGAGAACCCAGGCAUCAUUACGGAUAUCGGUAUGAAGGCAGUGAAUGAGGUGUUCACUAAUAUCAAAUACCUGCUGAUCUACAACUGUCCUCAUCUGCAUAACCCUCACCACUGGAUCACAGAUCAGUCUCGAUGGAGCCGUCUUGUUGAUCUGACUCUGGUUCGCUGUCAUGCCAUCAAGCUGGACUCAUUCUCCCAGUUCAUAGAAUUACUGCCCAGUCUGGAAUUUAUCUGUCUGGACCAGAUGUUUAGAGAACCACCCAAGGGCUGUGCCAGAGUGGGUCUCAGUGCAGGAACUGGCAUUGGAGUGUCUUCAGCCCUAGUCAGCAACCAGAACUCUAACAAUGACAAUGACAACAACAACAACCACCACAACAAUAACGGUGCCAACUUACCUCCCCCUCCCCAACCUGUCAACAACAUCAACAACCAAAGACGACAGCAGCAGCAGCAGCAGCCCGAUGAGCCAGCUGAGGUCAAUGGAGUAGAGGAAGAGGAGGAGGAGGUAGUCUUGGAAGAAGAGAACAUGGAGGUUGAACCACAAAUGGAGCUAGAAGGAAGAGAGGAGGUGACAAUGGAAGAGCUUGACAUUGCCUCAGGAGCUAGUCAUCCUACUGAAACACCACCUCCUGAUGAGGAACAGGCAGGUCCGAGUGGUGUAGUCCAGCAUUGUGGGUCAGCGGGCACCAUGGUUGCUAAGCCCCCACUUGUCAUCUCAGACUCAGACAGUGAGGAGGACGAAGGCAUUCUUACAAGGCAAACACCUACUUCCUGUUCUCCGCAGCCAGCUUCUCAUAUAGCAGGAGACAGGGCAAGUCAGACAAUACCCAGCAGCAGUAAAGGAAAGACACCCCUGCGGCGCUGUGGCAAUGUGGCUGUAGCAGUAACAGUAUCAAUGGAUAACACAAAGGCUCAGGACAACAAGACCAAUUGUGAGAAAAGCUGUCAAGUCACCAGUGAACAGAUAAAGGCUGAUAUGAAAGCUGCUACUGAGAGCAGUAGUAAAGGGAUUUCUACUGGGGCAGGGGAGAAUAGUUCAAGGCAGGGAGCUGAGACUGGGAUAAGACAGGGAACUGGGAGUGCUGGGGUUGGGGGAAGGACUGGGAUGAGGCAAAGAAGUGGAUCUGGAAGGGCUGGGGUUGAGAGGGUAGGGGAGGCUAGGGUGGCACAGGGGGCUGGAUAUGGGAGAGUUGUGGCUGGAGCCAUUCACAGAGCAACCACAACCAAUGGUGGAGCAACUGGAACUGGGCUGAACUAUGGGGGUUCAGAAAACCCCUCUGGAGUGAGGCCAGAGGCAGCUGGCACAAGGGAAGUUGGGGCAAGGCAAAGGACUGGGACAAAUGGAGGUGUGGGCUCUAUGGAACCCAGAGGAGCUGUUGGAGACAUUGCUUCCAGGAGAGGAAUACUUUUGGUUGGACAGAAUGAGAGACAACCUGGUCCUCCUGGAUCUCAUUAUGCUAUUGGAUCAAGUUUACAGCAGGGUAGAGGUGUAGAGGAGGGCUUUGUUCCCAGACGACCUUUGACGCGAUCUUGCACCCGUAUGUCCUCUGUGCCCCUGGCUCCUGAAGCAGACCUGUCGAGAGCCAGGCCUCGAGUAUCCAUAAAGAAGAAGCGAAUGGCUGACAAAUCAACCAGCACCUCAGACCCUGUCACUGAGGAUGACCAUGUGCAGGUUUUGUCUCUGAAGAGUAAGAACCUUGUGGGCAUCACACUAACCAACUGUGGAAUCACAGACCUGGUCCUCAAAGACUGCCCUAAGAUGAUGUUUGUUCAUGCCACUAGAUGUAGAGUGUUGAAGCAGCUGCGAGUAGAGUGUGCUCCCAUAGUAAAUAGGUUUGACUAUGCACAGUGUAAGAAGCUGGAUAUGGAGCAAGUCCUUGAUCAGAUACUACGGAUGCCCCCUGAGAGGAACCGCAUUAUCUAUAUGCGCCCCAUGCAUCAGAUUGAUUCUCUAGCUUUGGAGCGUCAGUUGUUCCAGGGUCCCUAUCCGUAUCACAUCGCCAUAGUGCACGAGUUCAGUAACCCUCCGAAUAUACGCAACAAGGUCCGCAUUCGCAGCUGGAUGGACACAAUAGCCAACAUCAGCCAGGAGUUGAUCAAGUAUGAGUUUUUCCCAGAGGCCACUAGGACAGAGGAGGAUGUAAAGAAAUAUCCCAACUACCCCUGGGGCCGGGACAUCUAUACACUGGAGGGAGUAGUGGAUGGAGCCCCCUACAGCAUGAUAACAGACUUCCCAUGGCUGAGGACUUUGAGAACAGCUGACCCUAACAGCUAUGCCCGCUAUGACUUUGAAGAUGACGAGAGCACCACUAUCUACGCCCCACGGCGUAAAGGCCAGCUGUCAGCUGACAUCUGCAUGGAGACAAUAGGAGAAGAGAUCUCAGAGCGCCGCCAGAGUCGAAGAGGAGUGUUUCAGAGAGUGGUGGUUCUCUUUGUCCAUCACUGUGAUACACCAGGAGAACCUGUGGAUGAUGACUACAUCUAGACACCAUGCCUCUCCAAAACAUAUAUAAGCUCUUUUUCUGAAGCCAAGAAACCAAUUGUAGUAAAGAUAAUGUGCAGUCCUCACAGAGUCAGUAUUGCUGCAGCACUGCCUAAGAUCUGAACCGUUCAAAUCUUUGCCUUGGUUUGGAAAAAGAAGACUCAUUUUCAGGGUGUCUUAAGUGAAUUAAUAUUGCAGAACAAGGCUUCACUGCGUUCAUGUGAAGGAAGUGGUUGCAAAAAAGAACACUAGAAGGCAUUGCCAAAGAUAAACAUGGCAAAGGAAGGAAGUUGCCGAACAUAAGCAUGAUUAAACUUCAUUUGGUAGCACUCCUUGAAACCAAAGUCCCAGUGAAACACCUACACUGUUGUCAUCUUGUUAGUUCUGACCAAACUGGGUGUCAUUAUUCGUGGUCAUGAAACUUCAUUGAAGCAUUGUUUUUUCUUUGAAGAAACAAUGCUUAACCUUGUGUUUAGUGAGAGGAUUUUUCAUGAAGUUAACUGUUCUUACUUGAUGCUGAAUUUUCCAUCAUUCCAGCAAAAUCUCAAUGAACAAAUAAACCUCUUAAGCUUAUUAGCUCCAACGCGUCCUAGCACAGGCUUGAUUGAUAAGGCCAUUGUCUUCACAAGUUUCAUAGCUAAUGUCUUCAGUUGCCUUAUUUAUAAUCAGUGACCUUGACAUGAAGAGAAAAUGUGAAAAGAGAAGGAAUGUCACUAUGUGUGUGUCCAUACACCCUGCCCGAUCGCUGUUGCACAUGGGCAACUGCCAACAGAGAUAGGACGGAAGCAGGAUCUUCAGUUACUUCCAUUGUCAACUCCGGAAAAACGACAACAAUGUACUUAACCCAGAAUGUUAUUUAUUAAACGUUUUUUAAGUACAUUUUUCAAAAUCAUGCUGGCGUAAUGAUGAAAUUUCUUGUUUAAAAGAAAAUGUUUAAAAGUAAAAUCUGACUAUAGUGUAGCUGAGUUCUGAAUAAAGGUUUUAGUAUCAAACUGUUCUCUGUGUCUGUCAAUGAAAAACAUUCAGUCUUUAAAGUUAAUAUUUGCUUUCCCUAUUAAUGAUGUGCAGUGUUUUUAUAAUGCUGCCUGUUUCUGAGUUGUUCCUACAGUAGCUUACAACUAGCUGGUUUGACUGGCAUUACAGCUCUUGCUUCAGGAGUUUAUCAGGGGUUUAAACAUGAAAUUUAAUCAGACAGAGCCAGAAUAUUUUAAACGUUAGAAAAGAAAAGACUUAAUGAAUGACAGUGUGAGUUAAACACAUCAAGAAGAAAACAGCUACUGAAUGAGAUCCCCUGCUUCCAUUCCAUCUCUGUAGACAAUUGACAGGUAGUGACGGAGGAACCUGAAGUACUUGUAUGAGCUUUAAUCUGUUCACUGCCACAGUGAGUCUGCUGACUUCUUGAACACACACACACCACAAACUCAAGUGGCCUUAGACUUGUCUGUUUUAUUUGUUCUUUUUUUUUUUUUUUAAUUUCUUUCACCUGUUGAAAGGUGUUUGUGUGUGUUAGUGAUGUACUGCUGCAAUUGUGUUUACCUCAGCAAGUGCUAAAUGUAAGAUGAAGCUAAAGAUGACUGAAUAAUUUUGAAUUCAUUUUCAUUGAUCUCCUUUUCCCACCACUCAAUAAAAAGUCAGUCAUCUUCACAUUUUCCACCGAUUAAAUGAAGACUGAAAGGCAGUGUGGCAGUGAACUAGAUUUAUUGACUAUUCCCUGCCAGUUCAAAAUAUUACUAUGUAUGCUUCUAAUAAUUAGACUUCAUAUCCAUUAGAGGCUGUUGCUGCAGUGUAUUGGCUUUGACUGUGUUGCUUUUUACAAAGUAGACUGUUAUUUUACUGAAGCUGCCCCCCAUGCUGUUGGCAUAAAUAUAGUAGUCAACAAAAUUCCAAGUGACCUCAGCUAUUGUCCUGUUUCCUUUCUGUUCUGUCAUUACUAGCUGCAAAAUCUCCCAUGAUUUGAUCUGUUGGAAUGUUGUGGUGCUCAUGGCCUUUAAAGGAUCAUACCAGCGAUUUUAUGUUUAACAUAAUAUCUACAAAAUGUAUAAAGUUGAGUUCAUUUUCUGCACUGAAUAUAGUCGCCGGGGGAAAUGUUUGCUCUCUAUCAUCUCUAUCUCUUAUCAGCCCUGUGGUUUAUGAGUGGCAGCAACUUUGUUAGCCAGAGAAGCAGAACAUUAUAAAGAGGGCGUUUCAGCCAAAAAUUCAAAUUUGAAAAUCAAGGGAUUUUGAUUAUGUGUUGUAAAAUUUUUAGUAUCCCUGCAUGAUUGUUGUUUCCCGCAAUGUAAAAUGUGGGUAAGUUGUAGAAAAUGGGCCGAACAUUGAAAAUUGCUGGUAUGGUCCUUUAAUCUGUCCUCAGAGACAACAGAAACAGGGAGAGAUGAGACACUUCAACACUUAAAACCUGCUUUUUAAAGCGCCCAAGGUCUAUACUGUCUUAGUGAAGGGUCUUAAAAUCACUUAAGUGAGGAACCUGUGAGUGACAUCAGGGUCAGUGUCAUGAUGGAGCACUGAGCGGUGUGUUGACAUGAACAGGAGGAAACAGUAUCCAAGCUCUCAUAUUGGUCAGGUGGCUUCAGGAGGAUAGCAGACAACUCUCAUACUCGGCUCUCAAGUAGCUAAAGCAGUUUCACUUUUGUCUUGUGUUUGACCCAACUCCAAUUCAGUGCUAAUUUCUUUUUCAUCCCUUGGUCCUUCUGUCCACACAUUUGAUCCUGAUUUGAUCCUGUUUGAUGUGGGUGCUGAAAAAGAAAGGAAGCAGUUUGAUAACUGAUGUCAACAGCAUCACUUUGUUGUUUCGCUUUAGAAGUCAUUUUCGACAGCCACUCAGCCUUGUUUUGAUCAUUCCAUUCUGAAAUUGAUCGUACAGCAUCGGCAGCUAAACUGGCGAUCACGAUGGAUUCUGUCCAUCGGCGAUUGCUGAUUCAAUCGUCAUUCUACCCAAACCUAGUGUGGAUUUUUUUUGCCAAGUGAAUAAAUUAAGUUGCAUUUUCAAAAAAAAAAAAAAAAAAAAAAAAAAUCUGUCACCAUGUGAACAAAUUAUCUCGAC